AUGGAUAAGAACAUUAUACUUGUCUGCAGAAACCACGGUAAUUUCAACUGCUUCUAUCCUUCGAGAGAGGAGAGGCGGAACGCACAUUCCCUGCACUACGGGACCCUGCUGGGCAGCAGAGCUUGUGCCACCAUGGCAGCAGCUGCCUGGGGCGCUGGGCUUCUCUAUUCCCUGCUGCACACGGCCACUACAUUUUCCAUGUGUCUCUGCCAUGGCAAUUCUGUGGAUCAGUUCUUCUGUGAAAUCCCCCAGAUCCUCAAGCUCUCCUGCUCAAAAUCUGACUACCUCAGGGAAGUUGGGAUUAUUUAUUUUAGUCUUUGUUUAAUCUUUGGUUGUUUUGUAUUCAUUGUUGUGUCCUAUGUGCAGAUCUUCAGGGCUGUGCUGAGGAUGCCCUCUGAGCAGGGACAGCACAAAGCCUUCUCCACAUGCCUCCCUCACCUGGCCGUGCUCUCCCUCUUAGUCAGCACGGGCUUUUUUGCCUACCUGAAGCCUUCCUCUAUCUCCUCCCCAUCCCUGGACCUGCUGGUUUCAUUUCUGUACUCAGUGGUGCCUCCAGCAGUGAAUCCUCUCCUCUAUGGCUUGAGAAACCAGGAGCUCAAGGCUGCAGUGAGCAAUACAUACAUCUUUAACAUCCAUAAGAUGCAUACUAGUCUAACAGGAGUCUCAAGGUAACUCUGAAAUGGUUAGGACAAUCUCUUAUUAUUAUUUGUCUUCAUUAUUGUUUUCACAGGCACGACUUUGAUUUCAAAAGUGUUAUUCUUGGCCUGCUACAUUUCUGUUGU